AUGAGCCGAUGGAGUCUUUCCUUCUGGUUCCCACUGCUCCUGCUGCUGCUGCCCGCGGGCCCCGCCUGGGGGGAGCCCUCGCCUGUGAACCCCUGUUGCUACUACCCAUGCCAGCACCAGGGCAUCUGUGUCCGCUUUGGCCUUGACCGCUACCAGUGUGACUGCACCCGCACGGGCUAUUCUGGCCCCAACUGCACCAUCCCUGAUCUGUGGACCUGGCUCCGGAAUUCAUUGCGGCCCAGCCCCUCUUUCAUCCACUUCCUGCUGACACACGGGCGCUGGAUCUGGGAGAUUGUCAAUGCCACCUUCAUCCGUGACAUGCUCAUGCGCGUGGUACUCACAGCGCGUUCCAACCUUAUUCCCAGCCCCCCCACCUACAACGUAGCACACGACUACAUCAGCUGGGAGGCCUUCUUCAACUUGACCUUUUACACUCGUGUUUUGCCCUCCGUGCCCCAAGACUGCCCCACACCCAUGGGGACCAAAGGGAAGCAGCAGCUGCCAGAUCCCCAGCUCCUGAGCCGUCGCUUCCUGCUCAGGAAGAAGUUCAUACCUGACCCCCAAGGUGCCAACCUCAUGUUUGCCUUCUUCGCACAACACUUCACCCACCAGUUCUUCAAAACUGCUGGCAAGAUGGGUCCUGGCUUCACCAAGGCCUUGGGCCAUGGGGUAGACCUUGGUCACAUUUAUGGGGACAAUCUGGACCGUCAGUAUCAGCUGCGGCUCUUUAAGGAUGGGAAACUCAAGUACCAGAUGCUGGACGGAGAGAUGUAUCCACCAUCAGUGGAAGAGGCGCCUGUGUUGAUGCACUACCCAAAGAGCAUUCCGCCCAAGAGCCAGAUGGCUGUGGGUCAGGAGGUGUUUGGACUGCUUCCCGGACUCAUGCUUUAUGCCACGAUCUGGCUGCGCGAACACAACCGCGUGUGUGACCUGCUGAAGGCUGAGCACCCCACCUGGGGAGAUGAGCAGCUCUUCCAGACGGCCCGCCUCAUCCUUAUAGGGGAGACCAUCAAGAUCGUCAUCGAGGAGUACGUGCAGCAGCUUAGCGGCUACUUCCUGAAGCUCAAGUUCGACCCAGAGCUGCUGUUCAGCUCCCAGUUCCAGUACCAGAAUCGCAUCGCCUUGGAGUUCAACCAUCUCUACCACUGGCACCCGCUCAUGCCUGACUCCUUCGUGGUGGGCUCCCAGGACUACAGCUACGAGCAGUUCCUGUUCAACACCUCCAUGCUGGUGAACUAUGGGGUGGAGGCCCUGGUGGACUCCUUCUCUCGCCAGAGCGCUGGCCGGAUUGGUGGGGGUAGGAACAUAGACCACCACAUCCUGCACGUGGCCGUGGAAGUCAUCAAGGAAUCUCGAGAGCUGAGGCUGCAGCCUUUCAAUGAGUACCGCAAGAGGUUUGGCAUGAAGCCCUACACCUCUUUCCAGGAGUUCACAGGAGAAAAGGAGAUGGCAGCUGAAUUGGAGGAGCUAUAUGGAGACAUUGAUGCCUUGGAGUUAUACCCGGGACUGCUUCUUGAGAAGUGCCAUCCAAACUCUAUCUUUGGAGAGAGUAUGAUAGAAAUUGGGGCUCCCUUUUCCCUCAAGGGCCUCUUGGGGAAUGCCAUCUGUUCUCCCGAGUACUGGAAGUCAAGCACAUUCGGUGGUGAGAUGGGCUUCAACAUUGUUAAGACGGCCACACUGAAGAAGCUGGUUUGCCUUAACACCAAGACUUGUCCCUAUGUUUCUUUCCACAUACCCGACCCUCUUCAGGAUAAUGAGCCUGAUGUGGAGAGGCCAUCCACAGAGCUCUGA